AUGGAGAUUACACUUGAAAAUGAAAACAGCAACACGCAGGCAAAUGUAGAGUACAAAGGAGCUCACCAAGCUUUCAGGGACCGCUGGAAAGAGACGGAUGACAGCAUGUGCCGCCACAGCAUGUCCUUCCACCUGCACCACACGCUGAGGAGUGAGUUCUUUGCCAGCUACCUGUACCUGCUGGAGAAGAUCCCUGUGGUGAAACUGUUUCCUGUCACCUGUGAGUACAUCAAAGGAGAGAAACAGUUCUACCACAGAGCUCAGAAGUUCUACGAGGACGUCCCCGCCUCGGAGGAAGGCAUGCUGGGAGAUUUUGUGGACAUAUGCAACGUGGACCUGGAAGGCUCCCGUCAGUUUCUGAAGAGGUUUGUGGGUCCUGGUAAGGCCGGCACACACUGUGCUCUAGACUGCGGAUGUGGGAUCGGGCGCGUCUCCAAAGGUGUCCUUCUUCCUGUGUUUGAGAAAAUGGACAUGGCGGACAUGAUGGAGCACUUCCUGCUUCAUGCGCACGAGGAGUAUCUGGGCGACGACGCCGACCGGAUCGAGACAUACUACUGCUACAACCUGCAGGACUUAACACCCCCCAAAAAUAAAUAUGAUGUCAUCUGGAUGCAAUGGGUGGCCUGCCAUCUUACAGAUAAAGACCUGAUGAACUUCCUGAUCCGCUGUAAAAAGAGUCUACGUCCCAAUGGCGUCAUCAUAAUAAAGGACAACAUGGCGCGGCAGGGCUGCAAGCUGGACUCCAUCGACAGCAGCAUCAGCCGCCACCUGGACAUCAUGAGGGUCAUCAUCGCCAAGGCCGGCCUGGAGAUCCUGGCUGUGGAGAAGCAGGAGGGCUUCCCUGAGGUCAUCAUUCCCGUCUGGAUGAUCGCCAUGAAGUAG